AUGUCCGUUAAUACCGACCGUGCCGAUCUCGGAGCGGGUGGGCGUGGAUCGGCGGGCGGGGGCAGAGGUGGAACUGGGCUUGAUCUAGGAUUGGGAACUGGAGGGGGUGGGGCUGGCUUGGAUUUGGCCAGUUUGACGAGCAUGUUGGGAGGAGAUGCGGCCGCUGGUGGGGGUGCAGGAGUGGAUUUGAGCGCAUUACUGGGUGGUGCCAGCGGUGGAGGGGGAGUUGAUCUGGCGGGAUUAUUGGGGGGAGGGGCUGGGGCGGGAGGAGGAGGUAGUGCUGGUCCUGGGAUGGGAGGAGGGGCUGGAGCAGGUGGUGCGGGUGGUGGGCUAGAUAUUGGUGGUAGUGGUGCAGGGGGCAGUGCAGGUCGUGGUGGUGGAGUUGGCGCUGGGGGUGGAGCUUCAAAGGGAAAUGAAGGAGGGGGAAACAAUUCUGGGGGUGGAGCAUCAAAGGGAAAUGGAGGCAAUUCUGGGGGUGGAGCUUCAAAGGGAAGUGAAGGAGGGGGAAACAAUUCUGGGGGUGGAGCUUCUAAGGGAAAUGAAGGAGGGGCAAGCAAUUCUGGGGGUGGAGCUUCAAAGGGAAAUGAAGGAAAUGGACACAAUUCUGGGGGCGGAGCUUCAAAGGGAAAUGAAGGAGGGGGAAACAAUUCUGGGGGUGGAGCUUCAAAGGGAAAUGAAGGAGGGGGAAGCAAUUCUGGGGGUGGAGCUUCAAAGGGAAAUGAAGGAAAUGGAAGCAAUUCUGGGGGUGGAUCUGCAAAGGGAAGUCAAGGCGGUGGGGGUAACGAUGGGGGUGGAUCUUCAAAGGGAAAUGAAAAAGGGGGAAACAAUUCUGGGGGUGGAGCUUCUAAGGGAAAUGAAGGAGGGGCAAGCAAUUCUGGGGGUGGAGCUUCAAAGGGAAAUGAAGGAAAUGGACACAAUUCUGGGGGCGGAGCUUCAAAGGGAAAUGAAGGAGGGGGAAACAAUUCUGGGGGUGGAGCUUCAAAGGGAAAUGAAGGAAAUGGAAGCAAUUCUGGGGGUGGAUCUGCAAAGGGAAGUCAAGGCGGUGGGGGUAACGAUGGGGGUGGAUCUUCAAAGGGAAAUGAAAAAGGGGGAAACAAUUCUGGGGGUGGAGCUUCAAAGGGAAAUGAAGGAGGGGGAAGCAAUUCUGGGGGUGGAGCUUCAAAGGGAAAUGAAGGAAAUGGAAGCAAUUCUGGGGGUGGAUCUGCAAAGGGAAGUCAAGGCGGUGGGGGAAGUGAAGGAGGUGGGGGUAACGCUGGGGGUGGAGCUUCAAAGGGAAAUGAAGGAAAUGGAAGCAAUUCUGGGGGUGGAUCUGCAAAGGGAAGUCAAGGCGGUGGGGGUAACGAUGGGGGUGGAUCUUCAAAGGAAAGUCAAGGCGGUGGGGGUAACGCCGGGGGUGGAUCUUCAAAGGGAAGUGAAGGAGGUGGGGGUAACGCUGGGGGUGGGGCUUCAAAGGGAAGUGCUGGAGGAGGAGGGACUUCAAGCGGAAGCACGGGAGGAGGAUCCUCUACCGGAAGUGGAAGUUCUGGAGGAGGAUCGUCUACCGGAAGUGGAAGUUCGGGAGGAGGAUCCUCUACCGGAAGUGGAAGUUCGGGAGGGGGAUCCUCUACCGGAAGUGGAAGUUCGGGAGGAGGAUCGUCUGCCGGAAGUGGAAGUUCAGGAGGAGGAUCCUCUACCGGAAGUGGAAGUUCGGGAGGGGGAUCCUCUACCGGAAGUGGAAGUUCGGGAGGGGGAUCCUCCACCGGAAGUGGAAGUUCGGGAGGAGGAUCGUCUACCGGAAGUGGAAGUUCGGGAGGAGGAUCCUCUACCGGAAGUGGAAGUAGUGGAGCAGGAGUCGACCUUGGUUUGGGUACUUCUGGCGGAACUGGGUCAUCCACCGGUGGAGGAUUAGUCGGAGUGGGUGGACCAACCGGUGGGUCUUCUUCCGGAAGUGGGGGUUCAUCGUCCGGGUCAUCUUCCGGAUCCUCCUCUGGUGGGAGCACAUCCAGUGGGACUUCUUCCUCAGGGGGCUCCUCUUCCGGCUCAGCUACAUCGGGGGGUUCUUCAUCCACAUCCAGCGGUGGCGGAAAAGCCGGUGGUGGCGGCGGCAAUGGAGGCGUGAAAGCCGGCGGUGGAGGCGGGAAAGCCGGCGGUGGAGGCGGAAAAGCCAACGGUGUAGGCGGAAAAGCCAACGGUGGAGGCGGAAAUGCGGGCGGUAGAGGAGGGAAAGUCGGCGGUGCCAAGAGAAAAAAUCAAGCCAGUAAUAAAUCCGGCAUCAAACAAUCCGGUGGCUCCGCCGCCUCCCGUCGCCGCUCUGGUCGCCAACGCUCCGCCUGGAACAAUCAGUGGAACAUGAAGACCCGCAACCGAAAAUCAAAAUCUUCCUCCUCUUCCUCGUCCUCCACUACCGGUGGCGGCGGUGGCGCCCGCGGCGGCAAAAUGAACCUUGUUAAACGCAACUUUGGCUGGAAACAGUCUAAACUAAUGGCCAACGCGGCCCGUAACUCGAAGAAAAAGACUAAAUCUCUCGUCGGUGGGGGCGCCCUGGCCGGUCGCGGGUUAAAAUGGCGCUUAUCCUCCUCCCUCCUUAAAACCGGCGGCUUAAAAAAGAAGGGCGGUAAGGGCAAAAGCCUCUCUCGAACUACCUCCAUCGGCGUGGGUCUCACUUCCAUGGGCGUCACGAAAGGUUUCCGUCUCAAAAGUACCACCAAACUGUCCCGUUUCACGACUGGAAAAAAAGUUAGGAACAAGAACAAAGCCGUCGGGCUCGCCCCGCUUAAUUUGAACCUCAGGAAGAAGAAAAUAGUGGCGAAAAAGGGGGUCAAAAAAGGCGCAAAAAAUGCUAAACAGACCAAAACCACGGGUUAA